GUAUCAAGUACUUGCAUUAGCAAAAGAUGCUGAAACACAAGAAACUGAGCAACAAAAAAUUGGAUCCGGAAAAAAACUUGUGGUGGACUGGAUUUCAAACAUUGGGGAGCAAGCCCUGGACAUAUGUGUUGUUUCAUUUACUCAGCUCGUUUCCAGCAUAUUUGUUCUUGGGGAGAGAAAUUUUUUUUGCUUUAAGGAUAAUGGACAAAUUCGAUUCAUUAAAAAGCUUGACCAAAGCCCAAGUUGCUUUCUUCCAUACUCAGUGUCUGGAACUGCCAUAAAUACACUGAUUGGAAAUCACCACAGCAUCCUACAUAUUUAUCAAGACAUGACUCUAAAAUGGGCAACUCAGCUUCCUCAUAUUCCUGUAUCAGCACGACUGGGGAAAUUACUAAAUUUGAAAGGUGUGAUUGUUACACUGAAUGAUAGUGGCUAUCUACAAUGUUCUUACCUUGGUACUGAUCCUUCUUUAUUUCAAGCUCCUAAAGUUGAAGCUAGGAAUAUUAAUUAUGCAGAAUAUGAUGCAGAAAUGAAUAAACUCCAGAAAAUCAUUAAAGAAGCCAGGAAAAUUAAAGAUAUCCUUCCUAAGUCUGAAAAGAGUGAAGAUUUUGCACUUGGUGUGACAGUCUUGCCUGAUCUGGAUUCAGUUUCUCAAGCUGUUGACAGUGAAAUUAAAGCAGAGGUGAUUCCUUCUGUGGUGAUAAAGAUUGAAAUUGAAAGCAGAUUACCAACACUUACGAAAUUAACAGUAUGUGUCCCAUGUCCUUUAUCAUUGACCCAAAACUCCUUCAUUUUAGAAUUAGAAUCUUCUGUAUCUAAAACUGUUGUGCUUUCUGCUUUUCAAAAAGGGAACUACCUACCAGCAGAUUUGGAAGGUAGUGUUAUAGCAUCAUACAAUACAGCCACAGGUGCACAAAGGAUUGCCCAAUGCAAAUUCCGAUUACCUUUGCGGCUGCUUUGUUUUCCUGCUCAGCCUUCAAAAACAGCAAGCCAGAAGUUAACUAUUGAUACCAACAAACCUACAGUCAGUCUUAUUACUCUUUUUUCAGACUUUGCUGAUCAAAUUGAUGAAGAUCAACUUAAUGUUUUAGGAUUUCAAUUAUUAGCUGGCUCCAGAAUCACUUUACUUGCUUCAAAAACGUCUCAGCGUUACAGAAUUCAAAGUGAUCAAUUAGAAGACAUUUGGCUAAUUACAAAAGAACUCACUCUUCGUCUUGAGCAACACUUCAGGAGGCAAAAUUGCAAAGAUUUUAUAUGUACUUUUUCUGGUCCAAUCCCUUUACAAGACUAUUUUGACAUAAUUGACCACCAUUUUGAGCUGCGUUUGAAUGCUGUGAAAUAUGAGCAACUAUUAGCUGAAAGAGCUAUACAAUUUAGAGCUAUUGAACGGCGUUUACUGACAAGGUUUAAAGAUAAAAGUCCAGCUCCACUUCAACAUCUGGACACCUUGUUAGAAGGAACGUACAGACAGGUAAUAGCUCUAGCAGAUGCAGCUGAAGAAAACCAAGCCAUUAUGUUCCAGGCAUUCAGAAAAUUAAAAAGUGCCACCCAGCUGCUAAUCCUGCUGAUUAGUCUAUGGCAAAAACUGAGUGUUGACCAAGUUGCUAUUCUGGAAGCUACAUUUCUGCCAUUAACACAGAAUACUCAAGAAUUGGGUUGGGAAGAAAGUGUGGAUGCUUCUAUCUCUCAUUUGUUAAAAACAUGUCUGUCCAAAAGUUCUAAAGACCAUGCUCUUAUACUUUUUAAUCAAUUAUGCAUCCCCAAGGAUACUAAUAGAUUGAAGAAGCACAUAACUUUACUCUUCGAUAGACUGGCAAAAGGUGGUCGUAUGUCUCUAAACACAGACCUAGACUGUCACCAACCUGUGCUUUUGUCAGGUGGCUAUGAUACUAUCCCAGAGUCUGAUUUUGAAGAAAGACCAGCCAUACAAAACUCAACAAAUGUUUGUCAAUUACAAGAAUCUGGAUAAGCGAGAUAACA